CAGUGGAAGGCACCGGGAGUGGAUCCGCCACUCUGUUCCAUGUAAUCCCGUCUUUACCCGGCGCAACCACUCAGUCGUCCGCCAUGGCGACCGCGGAAAGCCUCCUCUCCGGUCCGAGCUGCUUUUAACAACUCCAGCGGGUCUUCCCUUCUUCUCUUCGAGCCACUGGACGUGGAUGUAACUAAUACCUCCUUUCGGCUGGGGGAGUGCAUACGGGUGGAGAACGUCGCAUUUCUAGAGAAGUGGCUGGGCAGUGAGCAUUGCCAGCAUGGCAGAGCCAGACCCGCAGCCAAUGGCCUCUGGAGCAGUGCAGCGUCUUGGGGCCCCGGAGACUCUUGGCAUCAGUACACUGGACCCUGGGCACAGACCCCUGGCCAUGCCCCCUGGACGGCAUGUCACCAUCAGGGUCCUCAUGUUGGACGACACAGAGGAGCUCUUUGACAUCUCGCAAAAAGCCUCAGGCAAGGUGCUUUUUGACCUGGUGUGCUCCCACAUGAACCUCAUCGAAGGGGACUACUUCGGCUUGGAGUUUCAGAACCAUCAAAAGAUGAUGGUUUGGUUAGACCAUAUUAAGCCCAUUAUCAAGCAGCUUAGACGACCGAAGCACACCAUCCUGAGGUUUGUUGUGAAGUUCUUCCCUCCGGACCAUGCCCAGCUACUGGAGGAGCUAACUAGGUACCUGUUUUCCCUCCAGAUCAAACAGGAUGUUUCCUGUGGACGUCUGACCUGCAACGACACCAGUGCCGCACUGAUGGUCUCCCAUAUUAUCCAGUCUGAGAUUGGGGACUUUGAGGAGAGCCAGUGUCGGUCACACCUCCUCAACAACAACUACAUCCCAGAUCAAAUACCCAUGAUUGACAAGAUCAUGGAGUUUCACUCCAAGAAUAUAGGUCAAACGCCAGCAGAAUCUGACUACCAGUUACUAGAAGUGGCGCGGAGGCUGGAGAUGUAUGGGAUUCGCCUCCACCCUGCCAAGGAUCGCGAGCGCACGAAGCUGAGCCUGGCUGUGGCGCCCACUGGUGUCCUGGUCCUCAAGGGGCACACAAAGAUUAACACCUUCAACUGGUCUAAAGUGCGUAAACUGAGUUUCAAAAGGAAACGUUUCCUCAUCAAGCUGAGGCCAGAUCUAAAUAGUUCAUAUCAGGACACUCUGGAGUUUUUGAUGGGCAGCAGGGAUUGCUGCAAAGUCUUUUGGAAGAUCUGCGUUGAAUACCACGCCUUCUUCCGCCUCUUUGAGGAACCGAAGCUCAAGCCCAAGCCUGUGCUCUUCACACGAGGAUCCUCCUUCAGAUUCAGUGGUCGCACACAGAGGCAGGUGAUUGAUUAUGUGAGGGAGUCUGAGUUUAAAAAGAUCUCGUUUGAGAGAAAACACAGUCGGGUCCAACACAAUAUCCGCCUGUCGUCGCUGCCUUGCCCGCGCCACCAUGAAGUGCCAACAGAAAGUGGCGCUCCCGUGGACAGAGUGGACUCUCCUCCUCGGCGGCAAUGGAAGGAGUCGGUGUUGGUGAGCGCAGAAGACCCCUCGGCCUCGAGGGCGACCAGAGCGAGACCGUCUCACAAGAGAAACGGCCACGAGGACAGAAUGGGGUCCGUGUCCAGGACCGAGGAGACGAGAGGCCCGUCGCGACGGGCCCACCCAGAACAUCUGAGUACAGCUGUGGUGGUCAACAGCCCUCACCUGUCUGCGUCCUCUGGCCACUCCCAUGGCCUGGUCAACGGUCAGAAGUCACUGGAGCUGUGCGGCCGGCAACUUUCCCCGCUCACCAGCCCGCUGCUGCUGAACAACGCCGGCAGCGUUCGCACUGACGAUGAGGACGAUGUUCGGAGGAAGAGGUUCCCAACAGAUAGAGCCUACUUCAUAGCCAAGGAGCUGUUGACCACAGAAAGGACGUAUCUGAAGGACCUGGAGGUGGUGACUGUGUCUUUCCAGCGUGCCGUGGGACAAGAUGAGGCGACUCCAGACUCUCUGAAGAACAUCAUCCUCUCCACCUUUGAGCCUCUGCACAAGUUCCACACAGGUUUCCUCCGGGAGGUGGAGCAGAGGCUGUCUCUGUGGGAAGGCCGCUCCAAUGCGCACAUAAAAGGAGACUACCAGCACAUCGGAGAUGUCAUGCUGAACAACCUUCAAGGCCUGAAGCCCCUGACAGCAAACCUUCAUAAACAGUCUGAAGUUCUGUUGGAGCUGGAGAAGGCAUGCAGGGCGUCCCGCAGGUUGGAGGCUCUCUGCAGGGACUUUGAGCUGCAGAAGGUCUGCUACGUCCCCCUCAACGUCUUCAUCCUGCGGCCUCUGCACCGCCUCAGUCACUACAAGCAGAUCCUGGAGCGCCUGUGCAAACAUUAUCCAGCUACUCACAGGGAUUUCAGGGACUGCAGAGCUGCUCUGGCAGAUGUGUCUGAGAUGGUGGAGCAGCUCCAGGGAAGCCUCAUCAAGAUGGAGAACUUCCAGAAGCUUCUGGAGCUGAAGAAGGAUUUGAUCGGCGUUGACAAUCUUGUUGUUCCUGGUCGGGAGUUCAUCAGGUUGGGCUGCCUCAGCAAACUGUCUGGGAAAGGCCUACAGCAACGCAUGUUUUUCCUGUUCAACGGUGUCAUUUUGUACACGAGCCGAGGGAUGAUGGGGACUAAUCAGUUCAGAGUGCACGGCCAGCUGCCGCUCCACGGCAUGACAAUCCGAGAGAGCGAAGACGAGUGGGGUGUGCCUCACGCCUUCACGUUGGUUGGACAGCAGCAGUCUAUGGUGGUGGCAGCGUGUUCGCUGAUGGAGAUGGAGAAGUGGAUGGAUGACAUCCAGGGGGCGAUAGAGACGAUGAAAAGCAGCAAUGGGCCUUCAGCUGACCUUUUGACCUGCAGUCUGAUAGACAACAAAUGCCCUGAGGACUCCUUGGUGGAGGCGGAGUCUGAGGACGACGUAACGGCGUCGCGCGUCUCGCUGGAGAGGCCCUCCCUGCACCGUGAGGACCCUAGUCCGGUCAGUGCGAAUAAGGCCCCCAUGGUGGGGCCCUCCAGUGGCCAGGGACCAGUACCUCUGUCUGUUAUCUGCUGGUACCGUGUUCAGAGCCUCUCCUUUAGUGAAUCCUGCAAGAGUCUAGAGAAUCAGCUGUCUGGAAACUUACUGCGGAAGUUCAAGAACAGCAACGGCUGGCAGAAGCUCUGGGUGGUCUUCACCAACUUCAGCCUGUUUUUCUACAAGUCUCACCAGGAUGAUUAUCCGUUGGCGAGUCUUCCUCUGCUGGGCUACUCGGUCACCAUCCCCUCCGAGUCUGAAAACAUCCACAAGGAAUAUGUCUUCAAACUGCAUUUCAAGUCCCACGUCUACUAUUUCCGAUCGGAGAGCGAGUACACUUUUGAGAGGUGGAUGGAGGUCAUCCGCAGCGCCACAGUCUCCUCCAGCAGCGCUCGGGUCCGAAACGACAAAGAGUCCCAUCCUCUCUGAGUUGGCUCAUCGUGUCUCAACACACACUGAUCUCCUUCAGGUGGCAUCAGCCCCCCCACCUCCCCCUAAGACUCUUUGUUUUUCUUUUCUACACAUAAAUGGGACAUUUGUACACGUGUCCAUGCACAUUUGGUGCUUUCGAAUGCUUUAAUGGUGACACGUCCGCUGGUUUGGACUGCAUCAGAGACUGCAUUUUUACUCUCAACUCUGAAACCUCUUUUGAAGGAUGUCAUUUUAUACUGUUUUCUAAUAGUCUGAACUACUUCCUAUCUUUCUGGUUUUACAUUUUUGUCAUUGGUUGUCUUUACAGCAGGAGCAUGUUGAUAUCGAUAUUCAGCAUUCUUUCUUAAACGGUUCAACUAUCACUGCAUUGUCAUAACGUUUGUGUCCACUCUUUUAUCUUAUUGAAAAGUGCUGCUUUGAGAAUUAAAAUGUCCUGCAACUUCAGUGCCAAACUGGUUCAUAUUAAUGUCCUGGACUUUUACAAUGUAACAUUGGGGAUGAGGAAUGUCUCCUUACACUGUAUGCCAUGCCAUUUAAAUUCAAGUUAAACAGGCCACCCUUUAACUGUCAAUGCUUUGGCCCAGCACAAUUUGUUCUUCUUCAAAACACAAGUGAUGAACAUUUUAAACCAUAUUGUUGCUUUAUUGACCAUACCCUAGGAUUUGUGGCCUGGGUUAGCUGCCAUCACAGAUGAAGGCCAUUUCAACGAAAAUCAAUAUUAUUUUCACUGAUCUUUAUAAUAUGAAUAAGCCUCCGACAGUUUUUACAAAUUUUUUAUUAACUAAAGUUCCCCUUCAGCUGAAUGAGAAAGUGUGAAACUGGUUCACAAUCAUGGUAUUGUGAAUGUGGGUGUCAUUGAAAGCUUUAGAGAUGUGUAAAACUAAAUGGAAACGUUCAGUUCCAAGCGCCUUUGGAUACAGAUACCAGAUCUGUUUAUGGGUCAGUGAAUGGAAAUGUGUAUUGAAAAAGCUUUUGCAGUGAAGCAAAUUAAAUGGGAAAACCUCAGUUCUGCUUACAAUUGCGGCUGUUUUUUCUUUUUCUUUCCUUUCCGACAACAGAGAGUUUGUUAGAAAUGAGAGCAAUAAAACCCACUUAUUCAAACUUA